AGAGUCGAUACCGGCUCGCGGCCUUAAAAUCAGAAUACUCUGCCGUGGGAUAAUUCUUCGUGAACGAUGCUGUUCGCGGUACUCAGCACCUUACUAGUCGCGUACUUCGUGUAUUGUCUAAGAUGGCGUCUCAAGGUUCUGAGUAUCUUCCGGCGGCUCAACAUUCCGGGGCCGUCUCCGAGGUUCCUGUGGGGCAACAUGUACGAAAUCUAUAAGCAUGGUCAUCUGGUGAUGCAGAAGAAAUGGCACGAGCAGUACGGACCCGUGGUCGGCUUUUAUUUUGGGCUGUUCCCUUGCCUUCUCGUGUCCGACACAGAGCUCUUGAAGAGAAUUCUGCUGAAGGACUUCCAUAAUUUUGCUGAUCGCUCACACAUAAUCAGCGGCGAGAAUGGAUCUAUCAUCGAUGAUUCUCUCCUGACGUUGAAAGGGCAACGUUGGAAGGAAGUGCGGUCUACUUUGACACCUUCCUUUACUUCAAAAAAGCUCAAGAAGGUGACUCCCGAGGUCAGCUCGGCCGCAGAUGAGUUCAUGAAAAACGUGGAUAGACAUUUCGCGGAGGACGCUGAGUGCGAUUUCUACGAACUCUUCCAAGCACUGACCUUAGACACGAUAUGCAAGACUGGGAUGGGUGUCGACUUCGAAAUCCAGAGCAAUAUCGACAACUCGGCAAUACUCCGGCAAGUCAAGAUGAUGCUCGCUUACCAGAUCGAUCUCAUCCUGCUCAUUAUCGUCUCGUUCCCCUCGCUUCUACAACUUGCGGGCAAGCUGCUCACGGCACUGGCCCAAAGAGCGAAAAACUCCGGUCGGGACCCGAUAGUGAAACUCAAGCAGCAAUGCGGUGAUGUUGUCAAGCUCAGAAGAUCAGAUACUGAGAAAUCGGAACGCUCAGAUCUUCUGCAACUGAUGAUGGACGCUCAGAAUACGGUCGCACACGCAACGGAUCUGAAAUCAAUGAUUGCUGGAGACGAUGCUGAAGCGGUGGAAGCCGAGGCCAGUUUGAAGAUUGCGAAAAAACAGAGCAUCCCAUCGGAAUGUCCUUUCGCUGGGAAGCCUAAAGGGCUCACCGACAGCGAAGUUAUUGACAAUGCCUUGCUCCUCUUGUUGGCCGGAUACGAAACGACGUCGUCCUCGAUGGCGUUUAUGACGAAACUGCUCGUUCGUUUCCCCGAAGUCCAGGAGCGCAUGCGGGAGGAGCUUCUGGACGCAACUGGAGGUGGGAAGGUUUUCGAUUUCGAGCGUCUGCAGCGAUGCCAGUACACUGAGGCGGUCCUACAGGAAAGUCUGCGCAUGUACCCACCGAUCUACUUCUUGACAGCGCGCGUUGCUGCCGAGGAGAUCAAGUACGGCUCAUUGACGAUCCCGAGAGGCAUGAACAUCUUUUCCUCCGUGAAUCAGCUCCACUACGACGAGGACGUAUUUCCCCUUCCAUACGAGUUUCAACCCGAACGCUUCCUGCCUGAGAACAAAACUCCGGCCAUGGCUUGGUACUGGCAGCCUUUCGGCAUCGGUCCCAGGAACUGCAUCGGGAUGAGGUUCGCUCAGAUGGAAAUCAAGUUGACCAUGGCGAAACUUCUCACGAAGUAUCGCAUGACCUCCGAAUCGGAGCCGGAACACGAAGCAUACAUCGAGACUCUGGUGAUGCCCGUGCUACAGCAAAUCAAAGACCCCGUCAAGUGCAAACUGCAUUUGCUCUGACGUAUCGAUCGCGUCCGUCUGACGGAGUCACCCGUCGGCGCAGGCAUCAGUGUCGCUUCAUCGACUUUUCCGACCGCGAAACAUCGCAAUUUGAGAGCGAGCUCGACUCCCUCGCGAUGCCUAUUGGAACCUAUAAUCGGAGAGGUUCCGUGUCUGGAUAAGAAUAAAGUCAAAAGCUC